AUGGCAACUUCCUUCGUGCACAGCUCUUCUUCUACCUAUGGUGGUGGCUUAGGGGGUGCUGGAAGCAGCAGCACCCGCCUCUCCUCUGUCCGAACAGGAGGCACCUACCGAGCCCCAAGCAUCCAUGGAGGAUCUGGUGGCAGGGGUGUCUCUGUCUCUUCAGCUAGGUAUGUCUCCUCUGUAGGAGGUGGAUAUGGUGGUGGCUUGUGUUCUGGCUUUGGCAGUGGUUUUGGAGGAGGCUACAGUGGCUUUGGAGGUGGUGCAGCCUGUGGCUUUGGUGGAGGAGCUGGCUUUGGUGGAGGUUUUGAAGUCUGCGGUGGUGAUGGCCUGCUCUCUGGCAAUGAAAAGAUAACCAUGCAGAACCUGAAUGACCGUCUGGCUGCGUACCUGGACAAGGUACGAGCUCUGGAAGAGGCAAAUUCAGAUUUAGAAGUUAAAAUUCGAGACUGGUAUCAGAAGCAAGCUCCCAGCAGCCCCGCCCGGGACUACAGCAAUUACUACAAGAUAAUUGAAGAUCUCCGAGACAAGAUUCUUGCAGCUACUAUUGACAAUUCCAGAGUCAUUUUGGAGAUUGACAAUGCCAGGCUGGCUGCAGAUGACUUCAGACUGAAGUAUGAGAACGAGUUGUUCCUGCGCCAGAGCGUAGAGUCCGACAUCAACGGCCUGCGCAGGGUCCUGGACGAGCUGACCCUGUCCAGAGCUGACCUGGAGAUGCAGAUUGAAACACUGAAGGAGGAGCUGGCUUAUCUAAAGAAGAACCAUGAGGAGGAAAUGAAGGAGUAUUCCAAUCAGCUGAGUGGAACAGUCAACGUGGAAAUGGAUGCGGCUCCUGGCAUUGACCUGACCAGAAUUCUCGCUGAGAUGAGGGAACAGUAUGAGGCUCUGGCUGAAAAGAACCGUAAAGAUGCUGAGGCCUGGUUCUUCACUCAGACUGAAGAACUGAACCGUGAAGUCGCCUCUCACACAGAACUGAUCCAGACCAGCAAAUCAGAGAUCACAGAACUGAGACGCACGGUCCAGGGCCUGGAGAUCGAGCUCCAGUCGCAGCUCAGCAUGAAAGCUGGGCUGGAAGCCAACCUGCGAGAUACGGAGGCACGUUACUGCGCACAGCUGGCCCAGAUUCAGGCCCUCAUCACCAGCGUGGAGGAGCAGCUGAGUGAACUCCGGUGCGACAUGGAGCGUCAGAACCAGGAGUACAAAAUGCUCAUGGACAUCAAGAGUCGCCUGGAGCAGGAGAUCGCCACGUACCGCCAGCUGCUGGAGGGCCAGGACGCUCACUUGUCAGGAUUGGCCCCUAAGGAUGCAGGAUCUCUGAGCAGAAGAGUUGUCAUAGAAGAAGAUGGAAAACCUCGUGACAGGAGAUUCACCACAAGAAUAUUCACAACAGAGCUAAACAUGAGCACCAGCCAAGGCCCUUUUCAGAUUUUUUCUGGGUCCCUCAGGGGUAGUUCAGGGUGUGGUUUGGUCCAGCAAGGAACUUCUUGCAGACCUUCAAGUGCAGAUGGUGGUGCCAGCAGCACACAUACCUCUCUCCCCUCUGCCAGACCCCUCUGGCUGGCUGCUGGAGGAGGGGCACCUUGGGGAGACUCCGGUGAGCACCAUGGGGAAAGCAUCUUCCUGGGUGGGAAUGAGAAACAGACUAUGCAAAACCUGAAUGACCGUUUGGCUGCUUAUCUGGACAAGGUCCGUUCCUUGGAGGCAGCCAAUGCUCAGCUGGAAAGCUGCAUCCGAGAGUGGCACAAGACAAAGUCUCAUGGAAAGAGGCAUGACUUCAACCAGUACGAGCAAAACGUCACUGACAUGCAAAGACAGAUUGAGGAUGGCAAGAUCACCAAUGCCAGUAUCCUUUUACAAAUUGAUAACGCUAACAUGGCAUCAGAAGACUUCAGGCUCAAGUAUGAAGCAGAGAAGUCUCGCAGGCAGGGAGUGCAGCUUGAUGUUGAGAACCUGCGUAAGGAACUCGAUGGCCUGACCAUUAUUACAACAGAUCUGGAAAUGGAAAUUGAAGGCUUGAGAGAAGAGCACAUCCUCAGGAGGAAAGACCAUGAGGAGGAUAUGGAAGCAAAUCGCUCAUCACAAGACUUCAAAGUUAAUGUAAAAGUAAACGCAGCACCUCCCGAGGACCUGGCCAAGAUUCUAGCAGGAAUAAGAGAGGAUUAUGAAGCCAUAAUUGAGAAGAAUCGUCAAAGCCUUGACAGUUGGUACAAAGAACAGAGCACAACCACGUCUCUUGCAGCAGUCCCCAAUCCAGAACAGAUCCAGCGCAACGAGAACGAGAUCAAGGAUCUCAGACGCACUUUACAGUCCCUGGACAUCGAGCUUCAGGCACAGAUGACUAAGAAACACAUGCUGGAAGACACCCUGGCUGACGCUCGGAAUUACUACGCUGUUGCACUUCAAAAUAUGCAACAGAUCAUCUCCAAAUGUGAGGAAGAGCUAAGCCAGGUUCGUCAUGACAUUAAGCAGCAAAACAACCAAUACAAGGUGCUUCUUGGGAUCAAAACUCGCCUGGAGAAGGAAAUUUCCACUUACCGCCUGCUGCUGGAGGGGAAUGUUGACAGGGUAGCACAAAAAUCUGAAUCAACAGCCAAAGAACUGACCAGCCGAAAGAUCAAAGCAAUAGUCCAUGACAGUGUGAAUGGGCAGGUGGUCUCCUCCACCAUCAACGAGAUCCACCAGCAAGCAUGA